CUUGGAGCACAUGGAUCCACAUUAAACUUCUCCAUACUUCUGGUAGCUUGACUCUUGCGUCCUAGACUGGGUUGCCAGGUCUGUGUAUCAUAAGCAGCACAAUAUGUCCGAUAUUUGGAUUUUGCAGUCACGUACAUAUUGUAAUCAUAACCGCAACUGAGUCCUAUUUCCAUUAAAACAUAGUAUACAGUUUACCUGUUUAGACUGGCUGAAGACUGAAGACAUUUAAAUCUAAUUUGUGUACUGUCAAUUGUGCGUGAUCUGCGGUCUUGGCAACCCUGGUCCUGAAGAGUCACCACUCAUGCAGUAGAAUUUUGUAUAAUAAUAUCUAUCUAUCUAUCUAUCUAUCUAUCUAUCUAUCAUCUGGUAUCAUUUGCUUGCAGGUAAUAUUUUGAUAUUUAUUGCAAUGAAAACAAAAGCAGUGUGGUUUAGUGGCUAAAAGUGUUAAAAUACGAAGGAACUGAAAAUGCAAUUUUGUCUUUUGUGGGAAUAAGUCAGUCUCAGUCAUGUUAUUUCUGGAUACACAAAGACCACAUGAACUUGCAUUGUAUUGUGGUCAUUAAACAAUAAAGCAGUCAAGCAUGCUUGCUAUGUUGAUGAGGCGCAUAGUUUUAACAGCUGGUGUGUUUUAUGCUUGGCUUGUUGUUAUGUUAUAUAUUAAUGGUUCUCAUACUCUGGAAUUAACAUGGUGGUUAAGGUUGGUGUAUUCAAGAGGUCAGAUUUGGCAUUUAUUCCACCUAAAGGCUGGAAUUGUCAUGGCUUCCCAUGUCAUUGUGUUGAUGUUGAAGUGAGACAGAUGUGCUGCAGAUCCGUAAACAAACAUUUUUAGCACUUUGGCUUCCAUUGUCCUGAAUUCAGUGGAUUUUUUUAUUUGUUUUGGGUUAAAUGCCUGUAAUGAGGUCUGUGCUUAACACAAGUUCAAUAUAUUUUCACAUUUUACUCUACAACCUAAAAUACAUAAGUAAUGCAUCCUUAUGAUUUUUUUUUUCUGAUAGGAGGGCGAUCAGCAGAUGCCCUCAUUCCAGCCAAUCAGAUUGCAUGCCGACACAUGGCCAUUUCCCAAAUAGGUGAUGAACCCUGUUCAUGUAAAUGACGUGACAGAGAACUAUAGAGGAAACAUGCCUUCAGUUCCACCCAACAAAGAGAACGACAGUCCUGCCUGCCCUUUUGCUGGCAAGAAGACCACUGGCAGGAAUGGUGUUGAGAAGUUGGUUUCGGAUGAUGUAGACAGACCCCUGCAGCUGAAUAGAGAAACUGGGGCCACUGACCCAAAAUGGAUUCGUCCGGACCUGCCAAGUAGAUGUACCUGGAAACCAGGAAUGUCUCUUGAUAAUUCCCCUCACAAACACUUCCCCAGCCAUUGCAGGACAAAAGCUGAGAAGAUUCUGCCCAACAUCCUGGACAGGAUUGGAGACACACCACUGGUCCGCAUAAACAAGAUCUCUAAGACUUUUGGACUAAAAUGUGAACUUUUGGCCAAGUGUGAGUUCUUUAAUGCUGGUGGUAGUGUGAAGGACCGUAUCAGUCUGCGUAUGGUGGGGGAUGCAGAAAGGGAAGGCAUCCUCAAACCUGGAGACACCAUUAUAGAGCCCACCUCUGGAAAUACAGGUAUUGGUCUUGCACUGGCUGCAGCAGUGAAGGGUUAUCGCUGCAUAAUUGUUAUGCCUGAGAAAAUGAGCAUGGAAAAGGUUGAUGUGUUGAGAGCUUUGGGUGCUGAGAUUGUCCGAACGCCCACCAGUGCACGGUUUGACUCCCCAGAGUCCCAUGUGGGUGUAGCUUGGCGCUUGAAGAAUGAGAUUCCUGACUCACACAUCCUGGACCAGUACCGCAAUCCCAGCAACCCCCUGGCUCAUUAUGACACCACUGCUGAGGAGAUUCUGGAGCAGUGUGAUGGUAAAUUGGAUAUGCUGGUGGCAGGAGCCGGCACAGGUGGCACUAUUACCGGCAUUGCCCGCAAACUGAAGGAGAAAUGCCCAAAUAUUAAGAUUGUUGCGGUGGACCCAGAGGGCUCAAUCCUCGCUGAGCCUGAUGAGCUGAACCGGACAGAUAAAACUCAGUAUGAGGUGGAGGGCAUCGGAUAUGACUUUAUACCCACCGUCUUGGAUAGAUCUUUGGUUGACAAAUGGUACAAAUCCAAAGAUGAGGAAUCAUUUGCUAUGGCCCGAAUGCUUAUAAGCGAUGAAGGGCUGUUAUGUGGUGGGAGCUCAGGCACUGCCAUGGCAGCUGCAGUAAAGUUUGCCAAAGAGCUGAAGGAGGGGCAGCGCUGUGUCGUGAUUCUGCCAGACUCCAUUCGCAACUACAUGUCCAAGUUCUUGAGUGACAAGUGGAUGUUCCAGAAGGGCUUUCUGAGAGUGGAAGAUAUCAUGGUGAAUAAACCCUGGUGGUGGAAUCUGAAAUUACAAAGUCUAAACUUUUCUGCUCCACUAACUGUGCUGCCCAUAGUCACAUGCCAAAAAACCAUCAAAAUCCUGAAAGAAAAGGGCUUUGACCAGGCACCUGUCGUAGAUGAAGCUGGGUUGAUUCUGGGAAUGGUAACCCUGGGAAACAUGCUUGCCUCUGUGCUUGCAGGAAAGGUCAAGCCCUCUGACCCUGUCAGCAAAGUGCUCUACAAACAGUUUAAGCAGAUUCGUCUAACUGACAAUCUGGGAAAGCUGUCUCGGAUCUUAGAAACGGAUCAUUUUGCCCUUGUGGUCCAUGAGCAGAUUCAGUAUCUGACAGAUGGAUCUUCCACUCAAAAGCAAAUGGUGUUUGGAGUGGUGACAGCCAUCGAUCUCCUCAACUUUGUGACGGCUCGAGAGAAAAGAGAGCGAUCGAUGUCAGAAUCAACAGAUGAAUACUGAAGGCAUUAGAGCACUUCCUGCCUCAAUCUGAAUGUGAUGCACUACAAAGAAUCAUAACAUUAGAGCUAUAGAUGUCAUGUGGUUAUUUCACCUAAAUUUGGGCAGUAGGGUUGGGUGGCACUGCUUCUUAAAAUUAUAUUUCUUGCUUAUCUGAUUUCGUAGCCAAUAAUUAUGUAAACAUUUACAAAUGUUGUUAACAAUUAUUAACUAAUGUUAACAAAUUUACAAUGAUGUUUAAAGGCAUCAGAACAGGGUCUAAAAUUACGUAUUUACCAAUAAUUAACUUUACUGGAUAUAAAUCAUUACUGGCCAUGGAUGCAAUGUUGCCAACUUAGCAAUUUUGUUGCUAAAUUUAGCAACUUUUCAGAGUACCCUAGCCACUUUUU